AUGCGAAGCGAGUCGCCGUCGUCGGAUUCGUCGUCCGGCCCGGGCACCCCGCCCGAGCAUGGACCCAUCUCAAACAAAGGAAAUGAGACCGCUCCGUGGAAUGAGCCGCAUACUUUCCAUACCCUCGAGAUGCAGCGGCGUUUCAUGAACCCUUCGAGCGAAUCGAAGGAUGUACCUGCCCUGCGCGAGAUCACGCGCCCCCACAUUGAGAGCUUCAACGCUCUGUGGAUGGAUGACCCCCGUCUGGAAGCGAGGAGCGUCGAGGUGGAGACUGGUGGCCUGCUGAACCGCAGCCUGCCGACGCUCCCUCGGCGUGUCGUGAUCGACGCGGAGCGCGGCGAUCGCAUUGAGAUGUGGAUCGACAAUGUGAUGAUGAGCCGCCCUCAGGUUCCGUCGCGCGCGAAAAACAUAAGCGACCGCUUCGUCUACCCCGAUGAGUGCCGCAACCGCCUGACGACCUAUCGUGGCCGCCUGAUUGCGCGUGUGAACUGGAGCGUGAACGGCGGCGAGCCCGAGUCGGACCUGCAUGACAUGGGCCUUGUACCUGUGAUGGUCGGCUCGAACCGCUGCAACCUGCGCGGCAUGAAAUCGAGCGAGCUCGUGGCGCACCACGAGGAGCCGAACGAGAUGGGCGGCUACUUUAUUAUCAAUGGUAACGAGCGUCUGAUGCGCUUCUUGAUCCUUGCGAAAGCGAAUCAUGUGAUGGCGCUGGAGCGUCCCUCGUUCACGCGCCGUGGCCCCUCGUACUCGAGCAAAGCGUGCUCGAUCCGCUGCGUCGGCAAAAACGAUCUGGUGAGCGUUACCAACUCGGUGCACUACCUCGAGAAUGGUGGUGUGACUCUGCGUUUCUCGUGGCGAAAGCAAGAAUACAUGGUCCCGAUUGUGAUGGUGCUCAAGGCACUUGUGAGUGCUACCGACAAGGAGCUCUUUGCGUCGAUUGUCGGCUCGGACAUUGACAACACCUUCCUUACGGACCGUGUCGAGCUGCUGCUCCGCGGCUUCAAGCAGUACCGCCUGUGGACCGGUGAGCAGUGCCUCGACUACCUCGGCGACAAGUUCCGCGUGGUGAUGCGUGCGCCCGAGGACUGGACGAACGCGGAAGUGGGUGUGGACCUGAUCAACCGUCUUGUGCUGCCUCACCUCACCCUCCCCCGCGACAAGUACCGCCUGCUGAUCUUUAUGAUCCGCAAGCUGUACGCGUUUGUUGCUGGCGAGUGCUGUGCCGACAACCCCGACUCGCCACAGCACCAAGAGGUGCUCAUGCCCGGCUUCCUGUACGGUGCCAUUAUCCGCGAGCGUCUGGACGAAUACCUGGUCGGCGUGCGCAGCGUGAUUGCGCGCGAUGUGCGCAUGAAGGCAAAAGAGUGCGACUUUUCGGCGCGCUACAUGCAGCGUGUGCUGUCCAAGGUGAAUGGCGACGUGGGUGCGCGCCUUGCGUCCUUCCUUGCGACCGGCAACCUCUCGUCGCCCAGCGGUCUUGACCUGCAGCAAGUCGGUGGCUUUACGAUUGUCGCCGAGAAGCUCAACUUUUACCGUUACCUUGCGCAUUUCCGCAGUGUGCACCGUGGUGCCUUUUUUGCGGAGCUCAAGACAACGACCGUGCGUAAGCUGCUUCCCGAGGCGUGGGGUUUCCUGUGCCCCGUCCACACGCCCGAUGGUAGCCCGUGUGGUCUGCUGAACCACUUUUCGCAUUCGUGUCUGUUGACGACGCGCGAUGUCGAUGCCUCGCAUAUCCCCGCGCUGCUCACCUCGCUCGGUAUGACCGAAGUCCUUGCGCCGAACGUCAGCCCCAAGACACACGUCGUUGUGCAGCUUGACGGUGCGAUUAUUGGCUACGCCCCCCCAUCGCUUGCGCAGCACAUGGCCAACGUGCUGCGUAUCUGGAAGACGGAAGGGCACGAGCAGGUCCCCCUGGACCUUGAGCUGGGCUUUGUGCCGACGUCGCACGGCGGCCAGUAUCCUGGUCUCUACCUCUUUUCUGGCCGUGCACGCAUGCUGCGUCCUGUGCAGUACCUGUACAAUGGCAAGGUGGACCACAUUGGCCCCUUUGAGCAGGUCUACCUCGAAGUGGCGUGCCGCCGCGAAGAGGUGCAGCGUGGCGUCUCGACGCACGUCGAGCAGACGCCGACCAACGUGCUGAGUGUCAUUGCGAACCUGACGCCCUUCUCCGACUUUAACCAGAGUCCGCGUAACAUGUACCAGUGCCAGAUGGGUAAGCAGACGAUGGGUACGCCGUCUGGUGCGAUUUCGCGGCGUACGGACAACAAGCUGUACCGUCUGCAGUCCGGCCAGACGCCCGUUGUGCGCCCUGCGCUGCACAACAAGUAUGGCAUGGACGACUUCCCGAACGGAACGAAUGCCAUUGUCGCCGUCAUUUCUUAUACGGGUUAUGACAUGGAGGAUGCCAUGAUCCUGAACAAGUCCACGCACGAGCGUGGCUUUGGCUACGGUACGGUGUACAAGUCGGAGAUUGUCAACCUGCGCGACUUGGUCGGUGGCGGGGCGCGGAGUGGUGCGCUGCCUGUGCACUUUGGCUUUGGUGACGACGUGCGCAGCGACGAUGUGCGGCGCACGCAGCUGGACGUCGACGGUCUUCCGUUUGUCGGCGACCUGCUCACGAAAGGCAGCCCGUUGUACGCCGCGUACAACGACGCGACUGGCCGUACGCUCGUGAAGCGCUUCAAAGGCGACGAGGCCGCCUACGUCGACACGGUGCGCUUGAUUGGCAGCGAUGCGGGCGACAGUGAGUGCCAAAAAGUGCAAAUCAUGUUCCGCGUCCCCCGUUCGCCUGUGAUUGGUGACAAGUUCUCCUCGCGCCACGGCCAGAAGGGUGUGUGUUCGCAAAAGUGGCCUGCGGUCGACAUGCCCUUUAGCGAGAGCGGCAUGCAGCCUGAUGUGAUUAUCAACCCCCACGCGUUCCCCUCGCGUAUGACGAUCGGUAUGCUUAUCGAGAGCAUGGCCGGCAAGGCGGGUGCGAUGCACGGCAUCUCGCAGGACGCGACGCCGUGGACCUUUAACGAACACGACACGCCGGUCAACUUCUUUGGCGAGCAGCUGCGUGCGGCUGGCUACAACUACAUGGGCAACGAGCCGAUGUACUCUGGCAUUACCGGCCAGGAGCUGCGUGCGGACAUCUAUCUGGGUGUGGUGUACUACCAGCGUCUGCGUCACAUGGUCAACGACAAGUUCCAAGUGCGUACCACGGGUCCGGUGCACGCGCUCACGCGCCAGCCCGUCAAGGGCCGCAAGCGUGCCGGCGGUAUCCGCUUUGGUGAGAUGGAGCGCGAUGCGCUGCUUGCGCACGGCACGUCCUUCCUGCUGCAGGACCGUCUGCUGAACUGCUCCGACUAUACCACGGCCUAUGUGUGCCGGACGUGUGGCAGUCUGAUCUCGCUGAGCUACGACGAGCACGCGGCGAUUGCGAUCCCCGGCCUCGGCGCGGUGCAGACGAUUGAAAAUACCGACGAGCAGCGCACGCCGCUCGGCCCCAACGGCGAGUACUGCCGUGCGUGCCGUGUGGCGGCGCAAGGCGCGCGGCGCAACGACGCCCCCCGGGUGCAGCUCCCCAAGGCCAACGUUUUGCGGCGCGUGGGCGACUUGGACGUGGUGGCGGUGCCCUACGUGCUCAAGUACCUUGUGGCGGAGCUCGCGGCGAUGAAUCUCAAGAUCCGCUUCCAAGUCGGUCCGUAG